AUGCCUCCGAAAGAACCUCCAAAGAAGUGGAAGCAACCAAAGGGUCCCAAACCAAUACAACGUAAAAACAAAAAUGUCAUAGGUUUAGGGAAAGCGAUUGCGCACGCUCGUAAGAGAGAGAAUGAAGUACAAUUUUUGCCUGAUGGUGAAAUGCGUUUCACUGUUGACAAGCAUGAAGCAAAUUGGGUUAAACUGAGAUCUGUCACUCAAGAGUCUGCUCUUGACGAAUUCUUGAGUACAGCAGAGCUUGCCGAUAAGGACUUCGCUGCUGAUAGACACUCCAGCGUCAAAAUCAUCAGAAUGGACUCUGGUAACGAGGAUGCAAGAUCCCAAGGAUUUCUAAUGAGUAACUCUCAAAGAAAGAAACUAAAUGACAAACAGAGGCACUACGCAAAAAAUUUGAUUGUACCAAGAAGACCGCAAUGGAAUGAGAGUAUGACUAGAUUUCAGCUAGAGAGAUUAGAGAAGGAAGCUUUUCUAGAAUGGAGAAGAAAGCUUGCGUCACUUCAAGAAAACAAUGAAGAUCUCUUAUUGACCCCUUUUGAGAGAAACAUCGAAGUCUGGCGGCAGCUGUGGAGAGUUGUUGAAAGAUCAGACUUGGUAGUACAAAUUGUCGAUGCUCGUGAUCCGCUGCUCUUUAGAUCCGUGGAUUUGGAAGCCUACGUUAAGGAAAUUGAUGACAGAAAGCAAAAUUUGCUUUUGGUUAACAAGGCUGAUCUUUUGACGUUAAAGCAACGUAUAAUGUGGGCCAAGUAUUUUAUUUCACGGAACAUCUCGUUUACUUUCUUCUCGGCUGCAAGGGCCAACGAGAUUCUUGAAAUCCAAAAAGAACAGGGUGAUGACUAUGUCCACAAGGAAGAAGAAGAAGAGAUAAUAACCGAGAUUGAUGGUGAAAAAGUUGAUGAUGAAGUUCUGGCAAAGAUAAAGAUUUUGAAGAUCGACCAGUUGGAAGAGCUUUUCCUAUCGAAAGCACCAAAUGAACCUUUGAUCACACCUCUCCCAGGACGUGAAUCUCUCAUUCAAAUUGGUCUUGUUGGUUAUCCAAAUGUUGGUAAGUCGUCAACUAUCAACGCCUUGGUUGGUUCCAAGAAAGUUUCAGUUUCUUCUACGCCAGGUAAGACUAAACACUUCCAAACAAUCAAGCUUUCUGAUCGUGUGAUGCUGUGUGAUUGUCCUGGUUUAGUAUUUCCUAAUUUUGCUUAUAACAAGGGUGAAUUAGUCUGUAACGGUGUUUUACCAAUUGACCAACUAAGAGAUUACAUUGGUCCAUCAAGCAUAGUUGCAGAAAGAAUUCCAAAAUUUUAUCUAGAGGCCGUCUAUGGUAUUCAUAUCAAAACCAAAUCUGUUGAGGAAGGUGGUGAUGGUAAAACACCAACUGCUCAAGAACUUCUUGUGGCUUAUGCAAGAGCUCGUGGGUACAUGACGCAAGGUUUUGGUGCUGCUGACGAGUCUCGGGCGAGUCGUUAUAUUCUUAAGGACUAUGUGAAUGGUAAACUUCUGUACAUUAAUCCUCCUCCUCACUUGGAAGAUGAUUCUUUGUACACCAAAGAGGAGUGUGCUGAGUUCAAUAAGGACUUAUACACGUUUGAAAAUCUACCGAAAACAAGGCAAGAGCAAUUGGCUGAAGCAGCAAAAAACAAGGGCAUUGAUACAUUAGAUUUAGCUCGUGAUUUGAGUAAAUUAACAUUUUCUGCACACAUUGGGCAGGCAAAUGACAAUGAAGAGGCAACGUCUGUAACUCAUGGUGGUAAGCAAGCGGCACUUUAUAAUGCGGCGGAGGAUUUGGACAGGGAAUUUUUUCAAAUGAACAGUGUUCAAGGCAAGUCAACAACGCCGUUCCAUAAGCUCCAGCACAACAACGGUGGCGGAAAGAAGCACAAUAAAAAAAAUAAGAAAAAGAAAGCGUUGGCUUCCCGGGACUUGUAG